AUGGGCGAUAUCGAAGAAGGGGUUGUCCCCAGUGAGUACGACGGCGCAGAUACACUCAAGAGCGACAAAACACCCCAGGUUGGAACGCCCGCCACUACCGGAGAUGAGUCUAGAUCAGAGGCGAUGAAUGGAGAUUAUGGAAAUAUAUCUACAGAUACGGGUGGUGUUGCCAAACCGUCAUCCAUACAGAUGAGCAACUACGCCACAUUGGCGCGCCUUCUCACUGAUGAGAACCGAGAAAUGCUAGACAUCGUUACUAGCCUUGCCAGAUUGAACAUCAGGAAAAGUGUCAUCUCUUUGCCGCAACUCGUCGUUUGCGGCGACCAGAGCAAAUCUAGUGUGCUUGAAGCUGCGACUGGAAUUGCUUUCCCCCGCAAGUCGGGGCUUUGCACCCGAUUCCCGACUGAGAUUAGUCUGCGCCGUGAUGAUAUCCGUAUAGUCAAAAUCCAGAUCAAUCCUCACCCAGACACUCCCAAAUUCAUGAGCGACCGUAUGGAGCGAUUCAAUGCCAUUAUUACUGAUUUCAACGACCUUCCACGCCUGAUAGCAGAAGCUCAAACCGCUAUGGGUGUUGGAGAAAUGAAGACCUUCGCCAAAGACGUGCUUUGCAUCGAAAUGUCCGGACCAGAUUUGCCCCAUCUCACUCUAGUAGAUCUUCCCGGUCUUAUCAAAAAUGCGAUUGACGGAGUCACUCCAGCUGAGGUUUUACUUGUCAACGAGCUCACCGACGAAUACAUCAAGCAACAUCGGGCGAUCUGCUUGCCAGUCAUAUCAGCGACGCAUGACUUUGCCAACCAAGGAAUUGUAGGAAAAGUGCAGACGUAUGAUGCUAGCGGCAACCGUACAUUAGGAAUCGUUACGAAGCCUGACAAGUGUGAACCUGGAGGAGGCGAAAGCAAAGCCGCAAUCGCUCUCGUUCAGAACAAGCGCGUAGCGCUGAAGCUUGGCUGGCAUGUCCUCCGAAAUAGGAACGAAGAUGAAACGAACCGUAACACCAACAUCAUGGAGCGAAACCUCCAAGAGAAGCUCUUCCUGAAGAGCGGUGGAUGGGUAGAGGUUUCAGAAGAGCACAAGGGUGCCGAGGCGCUUUCAAGGAGACUAAGCGAGCUUCUCAUCAGGCAUACCAAGAGAGAGCUCCCGAAUGUGCGGCAAGAUGUCGAGGCGGAGUACGCAAUGAGGAGCAGGGAACUGGAAGCAAUGGGGAAAGCAAGGCAAGACGCUGAAGCAUGCAAAGACUUUCUCCUGGACCUUAGUUUUAACUACGAUCGAGUCUGCAAAGCGGCUGUAGACGGUCAUUACGAAGGGGCCUUUUUCCAAUACGAUGACACCCUACACUUCAACGACAACAACAAACUCGCCAGACGUCGCUUGCGAGCAAUGAUCCAAUACAAGAACGUUGGUUUCUCAGAUAUGAUGCGUGUUUGGGGCCGCAAAUACCAUAUCCUGAGGGCGGAUGAUGCAACAGCAAACGAUGAACCAGAUCCAGCGGAGUUGACAAUGAGGACUGAGUGUGAGAAGCCAGUGAAAAGAUCUCACGACGAGGCCCUGGAUUGGGUUGAGAGGGCGCUCAUUCGCAGCCGUGGCCGUGAACUCCACGGAAACUUCAACCCACUUAUCAUAGGAGAGCUACUGUGGGAACAAUCAGCAAAGUGGCACCAGCUGGCCAAAGAACACCUCAACGACGCUUUCAGCAUUUGCACCAAGUUUUUGAGAGACCUCCUCGAUGUGACAUGCCCUAGCGACGUCACUAGCCGCGUGUGGACUGGAAUCUUCGAAAAGAGGAUGAAGGCAAAAAAACAAGCGGCUGUUGAUGAACUUCAGCGUCUCAUGGAUGAGAUAAAGAGCCAACCGAUAAAUUACAAUUACUAUUAUACCGACAUGGUCACCAAGAACAGGGUAGCGCGCCAGAGGAAGCUUUUGAGAGAUAGCAUAGAGAAUGGAACGACUUCGAAGGUUAUCGCUUUCACGGAGUGCGGCGUUUCCCAUACGGUCAAAGACGUCGAUGUUGAUAAAGUGCUGGACCACUACACGGAAACCUUCGGUCGGGACGUGGACGAGUAUAGCUGUGAAGGCAUCUUGGAUUGUGUCCUUGCAAUCUAUAAGGUCCACCAAAAGACCUUCGUGGCAAACGUGACCACCCAGGUAGUCGAACGUCAUAUUGUGCGCGGACUUGAGGACAUUUUCUCGCCCAGGAUGAUUGCCAAGAUGCCGGAUCACGAGGUCGUGACCAUCGCGUGCGAACCCGUUGAGACGAAGAACUACCGGGCCAUGCUGGAGGAGAAUGUCAAGAAGCUGGAUGAAGGGAGGGAGCUUCUGCGGGAGAUUGUGCGAACAACCGCGCAAGAGUGA